GAUUUAAUUGAUAAAAAAUUUUAAAAAUAUAUUCUUUAGAGUUAAGGAAUAAAAAAUAUUUAAAAUAAUUGAGGGGUGAAAAUUUUUUAAAUUCUAAAAUUGAGGGCCUAAAACUGGUACCCACUCGCCGGGUUUCACUGUGCCGUGGUGAGAUAUGUCUACAGAUGGGAAAUGGUGCUACAUAGUUUUUUGGGUUGUGACCAAAUCGUCUGAAAAAUGGGGUCCAUCAAGAUGGGAAUUGUUGAAGAAGAGAAUGAAGGAUGCAUGCCCUUCCUGCUACUCGGCUUCUGGGAUUUCCUAUUACUGUUCAGAAUUGCAGUCACCAAAGCCUCCUGAUGUGUUCCUGCUGAAGCUUUGUUGUUAUGAUAGAAUAGGGCUUUUACACGAUGUGACAGGAAUUCUCUGUAAGCUUGAGCUCAUUAUAAAGAAAGUGAAGGUGUCUACCACCCCAGAUGGGAGAGUCAUAGACCUAUUCUUCAUUACAGACACCAGGGAACUAUUACACACACGUGAUAGACAGGAGGAAACCUAUAAAGCCAUAGGUGAAGUAUUGUGGGAUAGCCUGAUAAGCUGUGACAUAGAAAUGGUUGGCUCUCAGCUCACUGCUUGUUCUCAGGCAUCUUCAUUCCUUCCAUCUGUGAUAACAAAAGAUAUUUUUCCCUUGGAAAUUUCCAAUGAACUUCCAAGUGUGUCUAUGGCCAGUAGUAUUUCAGUCAGAAUGGACAACUCUUUUAGUCCUUUUCACACAGUUGUUGAAAUCGUUUGCCAAGAUCACAAAGGUCUUCUUUAUGACAUAAUGAGAACUCUAAAGGAUUACAAUAUUCAGAUUUCUUAUGGACGCUUCUCUGUUCUACAAGGAGGGAAGUGUGAGAUCGACUUGUUUAUCAUGCAAGCUGAUGGUAAGAAGAUGGUUGAUCCCAACAAGCAGAAUGCAUUAUCCUCUCGUCUACGGAUGGAGCUGCUUCAGCCACUCAGAGUAGCUUUGGUCAGCCGUGGUCCUGAUACAGAGCUUCUGGUUGCAAACCCUGUUGAGUUAUCUGGCAAGGGCCGGCCUCUUGUUUUUCAUGAUAUUACUCGUGCUCUCAAGAUGCUUGAUACUUGCAUCUUCUCGGCUGAGAUUGGGAGGCAUAUGAUUGGAGACCGGGAAUGGGAAGUAUACAGAGUUCGAUUGGAUGAAGGUAAUGGCUUUCCCAUUCCACAAGCCAAGAUUACAAGAGGAGUUUGGAAUAUGUUGAUGGGGUGGGAGUAACUACAACUGCUAUCAUGCCAUGUUACUUCCUCUUGGAUUGCCAUGGCUCCAUGUACAGUACUGUGAUCUCACCCACCAAAUGCUUAUAGGUCUAAAUUAUGGGUCAUAUGCUAUUAAAUUUCCCAUCUCAAGGUUGCAGCUUCCACGGGACUAAACUAACUUUAGCGUGAAGAUGAGGACUUGAUAGUAAGGAGAUAAGGAAUGGUAAAGCUCUCCCAGUAUGAACACUUGGAAAGUUGUAGCACAGAGGUUAGAUUCCAUACAUAUCAGACGUAAAUAUCUUUUCUGUGGGUCAGUUGAGAUAAUAUCAAGCAACCCAACAAAGUUUCUGUAUAUUAUUUUCCCCCUUGCCCCAUGUGCAUAAAUUAUCUAUGUAGAUAAGAUUGGUGGAGUAGCAUUUUCAAUUUUCCGCAUGAUGAAUGAUUAGAUGGCACAUAUCUCUGAUCUUUUCUCCCUUGAGCAUAACAUUUCCCAUGUAUAUUGAUGUAUAUGAUCAUGUUGUGUUGUACGUUUUCCUCAAUGAAUCUGUGCCCUGAAA